CCACACGCCAAGCGAAGCAAGCGUUGCCGGCGGCGCGGGCUGUGCGCCUGGGCGGGCCAUACAAGAAGCCAGCCUCGCAGCAUGCUCUGCCCUCACCACCACCACACCACGCAGCAUCUGCCAGCCUCAGCAGCACUCGCACCUCUCAACUCGCAACCACCACACCGCCCAGCACCAGCAUGUCCUACUACCCCGGCCCCGGCGGCUCCUCUAUGCCCAUGCCCGACACUGGCGCCUCGUACAACUCGCCAUACCCGCCGCCAGUGCCGCAGGGCUACAACAACGGCGCCGGCGGCUACGGCGGCUCGUCGAUGCCCGACUACUCGGCACCGCCGCCGCAGCACAGCCCGUACGGCGACCAGCAGCCGCAGCAGUACGACGAGCACGGCAACCCGCUGCCGCCGGGCGAGCGCGGCAUCGGCACCAUGGCCAUGGGCGGCCUCGCCGGCUUUGCGGGCAACAAGAUGAUGGGCAACCACGGCGGCGGCAUGAAGGCGGCCUUUGGCGGCGCGGCACUGGCGCAGGGCGGCAAGAUGCUCAUGGACCACCUGAACAAGAACAAGAAGCCCAGCGGCGGACAUGGCGGCGGCUACAACCCGUACGGCGCACAAGGCGGCAGCUCCGGUGGCGGCCUCGGCUCCUUCUUCGGCGGCGGCAAGCGCGAGAUCUGAUCGCCUUCCACUCGUCUAGCUCCGCUCCGGAGCCAUCUGUAUAUGCUUUAACAUCGGCUCCUCUCCACGACUCUCACGCAAUGCUAGAUACCUGACGACCAGCACCUGGCGUGAAUGGACGGUGACACAUGAGUGGACAUUGACGGAAGGGCAGAGUGCGCAAAACGUGA